AGGUGUGUAUAUCAGAGCAGGAGACAGACGGAGGGAGAGAGGAGAGAAAGGAGAAGCUGCACACAGGACUCUGACACAAUAGCAGUCAUGGCGGUAGGCAUCAGUCUCUGCGUGUUGGCGGCUCUGAUCCUGACAGUGAGAGCCUGCGGCCAGGCGCCCCUGAAUCCCAGUGCCCUGCAGGGAGACUAUGCCCAGGAGGGGUCCUGGCCCUGGCAGGCCAGCCUGCACUGGAAUGGUCAAUACUUGUGUGGAGGCUCACUGAUCAACAGUGACUGGGUGCUGACAUCUGCAAUUUGCUUCUAUUGGACCAACAGAAUUGCCAGUCAGUGGACAGUGUACCUGGGCAGACAGACACAGCUGGGCUCGAAUCCUCAUCAAGUGUCCAGAGGGGUCCAGACGAUCAUUCUUUACCCCUACACUUCCUAUUUUUUUUAUGAUAACAUCGCCCUGGUGAAGCUGAGCAGCCCUGUGAACUUCACUGACUACAUCCAGCCCAUCUGUCUGGCCGACACCGGCAGCUCCUUCCACAAUGGGACCAGCUGUUGGCUCACCGGCUGGGGCAACAUGACAGACAGAACAACAUUCUUGUCAGGGAACCAGACCCUACAACAGGUCCAGCUGCCACUCAUUGAGAACAAAGAGUGUGUUGAUCAGAUCUAUAACCUCUACAGUUUUCCAUAUGUAACAGAAUCGAUGAUCUGUGCUGGUGUGAUUCAGGCCAACAUAUCAUCCUGUUCGGAUCUAUUUUACCCUAUCUUUCUCUCAGGGAGUCCUCUGGUGUGUAAACAUGAGUCUACCUGGAUUCAAGCUGGAGUUGUAAAUUUUAGAAACUAUUGUCCCAGAUACUUAAUGGUUCAUACAGGAGUGUCCAAUUACAAGUCCUGGAUUAAAGAACAAAUUGGGUCGAACACUACAGAGUUUGAGGUCUUCAGCAGUAAUUCCACAUGUAAUGUGCCAACUGCAUUACCAGACACCACUGCUCCUUCUACUACUACAGCACCAGUGUCCACUGCCUCCUCUACU